AGUAAGCAGACGUAUAAGGUGCAGUGUGAUAGCUUUAUAGGAGCUGAGCAGCGCACCCUAAUUGUUGACAUGUUGCUUCGUUACGUGUUUUAAUGGGGGAAGGUCAUCUCGUCGCUUGAACAGGAGCAUUAUUGAUUCUUGUCUAGUAACACCACCGCAGGGACUCUCCUUCACAUGUCAGCUGAGAUUGAGGAUUAAACUGCCUUUUUCAAUUUCCAUACGAUGUAUAUCAAAUACUAAGAGAAAAUUCGGGUCACCUGUGCGACGUUGAUCGGGGUCCGGAGUCAGACUCAGAGUGACAGAGAGGUUACGUUCUCGAGCCGAGAGACCACGGUAGUCUAAACCGAGUCUGGCCCGUGCGUGCCCGACCGUUUUCCCGAUCCGACGAGACGGAGUUGUGCUGGCCUGGUUGGCCACAGCACAGGCACAAGUCAAGUCCCAAGAAGCGAGCGAGGCAGAGGAGUUGGCAUGCCGAGGAGACAGACAUAGUCAUAGAGAGGAAUUUCAGACAUCAGUUUAAUUUAUUUCAGUUUGGCAUCAAAUAAAAAAUGACAGAGGUUGUUGACAGACGACCAGAAGAUGUUGGUGAAAUUCUUGUGAAGGUACAAGAAGAUCUACAGCAUCUUCGAGAUGAACUCCUUCAGAAGAGUCUUGCAGGUGGAACCAGAGAGCUUGUUAACAUCCAGCUCCUGGAGAAUGCUAUUCAGAAAGCAGAAGAUGGAAUUAAGGAGCAAUCAGAGAAGAUAUUGAAUGUAGUUAACAACCGGGUGACGACCCUUCCUUCGGUGGAUUCUAAAGUCAAGAUACAAGAGCCGUCUUUCACGCAAGAGGCAAUAUGGGACAUAAGUACUGUGAAUGAUUCCAACAAAUAUGGCAGAAGUGAAAGAAAGUUGAAUCGUCUUGCUGCAAUUGAGCCAUCUUCUGGCGGAGGUCCUUUUGGGCCUUCCCCUGGUCAACAGAGUAAAUAUAAUUUGAACAUGAAAUUAUUAUCCGACCCAACUAAUAGUCAGAACAGAAAGGCCAUCAAUGAAAACUACAGCGUUUCUCUUCCAGUCAUAGUAGACAAAAGAAAACACAAGCCUCCAACACAGAAGGUUGUAAUUGGUUCAACGGUUGAUCAUCUAGCAGUAUUACCCAAAGCCAACAGAGUCGACCCACAGUUAUUACCACCAGCCAUCACAGAGAAGGAUGCCAAGAAGGGUAUCCUGAGUCUGAUGGAAAGAGGUCUGAUUCCUCCUGCCGCUGAGUUGACCCUUGACCCUAGCCCGGUCAGGCAAAGAUUAGUGACCUUGCAUGACCCACAGGAGAAGAAAGAAACCAAAGCUGGCUCGGGUCCAUUCGGAGAUGGCAUGUACAACCUUGCUGCUGUGAAGCUAGACUCUGAUAUCCUGAACGCAUCCCGAGACCAGAUCUCCCCAGCGAGAGGGAACGCCAACACUCCCAAGACAUUACAAACGGGUCCUAGUGAUGAGAACAUGACAUGGGCAUCCCCGAGGUCAAGGGGUCACUCGGCGAAAUCCAACAAAUCACAAGACAUGGUAGCCGUCAGCGUGAAAGCACUGGAACCAUUGCCCCCGCCCACGACCCCUGCCAGUGAGUUCAAGCACCUGAGCCAUCGCUUUGUGGUCCAGCACGGGCGUGUGAGGGACCAUACCAAGGAUUACCUGGGCUUCAAGCAACAUUACUGUCUCUCCUGGGGGAACAUUGUCACAAUGCUCAAAUAUCUUCAGAAGCUCCUCACAAACUAUGCAAUCCCCAUCGCUUUCAUCAAUGGAGACAAACUAGCUGAUCUUGCCAUUGAGUACGAGUUGAACAGACCACCUAGCAAGGAUGUCUUGUUGAGUGUGUGUAUGAACAUUGACGAUGUUAGCACCAUUAUGAACCAACCCGGUAGAAGGUACUUGGCUCCUGAUGGUAAACACAUGGCUGUCUGUAAGAUACAGGCUACUUGGAGAAGGCACAAAGAUCGGACUGCUUACUUGGAGUAUAGACGCAAGAAGUGGGCGGCUGGGGUCAUUGCAAUAUCAUGGGUCAUGAAUGUCAAGAUGUCAAAAGUCAAACAACAGCUGAAGAUUAGCAGAAAGAAUCAACUAGAUGCAUUCAGGAGAAGAGCAAAGACGUUGCAGAAAUCUUGGGAUCGCAUCCAGCAAUCACGGCGUGUUCUCAUUCAUCUUCCCUCACUGGGAUACUCUCAGAAGAUACGUUCAACCAUCGGUGAUUUCAACAUCCAACAAAAUCAACAGAUGGCUAGGUUAUGCGACUUACAAGAUCCCAAUGUUGAAGUGAUCUACAUAUCUCCUGUCACACUGAACGACGAGACUCUCCAGUAUUAUAACAAGCUGCUAGGUCUAAGAGACGCUGUAGCAUCGGGCAAUGUGGAUGAUCAGAAAGACAUGGUUUCCAGGUUUAAGAUCAUUGUACCCGAAGCAGUCAACAGUUUCCCAACCCACAGCAUGUGCCUGGCCACCUUCUUAAAGUACAGUCCGAGGGCCAUAGAGAGAAUAAAGAAUCUUAUCAUUGGAAAGGAAGCUUACUUGGUCCCUGGAGUUAUGCAUAAAGAUGAUCUAUCAGUAGCGGAUAUUUUAGAUGUUCCUAUCUUGGGCAGUGAACCGGAAGUGUCUCAUCUUUAUUCUACCAAGUCUGGUUCUAAGAGGAUAUUCACCAGUGCUAAAGUAGACAUUCCUCCGUCUGAUUAUGAUGUCUAUAGCAUGCAACAGCUCCAUGAGAGUCUUGCCCAGUUGGUGACUGAGAACCUGAACGUGAAACGCUAUCUCUUCAAGCUGGACGAUGAGAUCGAUGGGCGGGGCAUUGCCUAUUGUGAUGUCACUCCAAACCUUCGCUGCCAUGCCUGGGCCAAGAAAGAAGAACUUCGGUAUGGAGAGAAAUGGGAGAAGAAGUGGGCACAGGAGCCAGCAUUCAUCAAAAUACACGCCGAGAUGCCCGACAUCUUGGCACAGCAUGCUACUCCGGUCAAUAAGAAACUCUUCCCUACUUGGGACAAAUUCCUGGAGGCAUUUCUUAGCCAAGGUGGUGUAAUCGAAGCCUGCCCUCCAUCUGACAGUGUGACGUCACUGACGGUGAACAUGUUAAUUGAGCCCAAUGGCCGUAUGUCUAUUAUAUCAAGUGGAGAUCAGAUACACGCUGACUCCCCUUUCAACUGUUGGGGCCUCUCCGUACCCCAAUCAUCAGUCGAUGCCAAACCACUCAACGAGGCGUGCAUCAAGGUCGCUAAAUGCUGCCGACAAAGAGGCGUUCUCGGCUACUUUGCUAUCGACUUUGUGACCUUCAUUGAUCCAGCCACGCAAGAGCAGAAGCUAUGGGCUGUAGACCUGAACCUGUGGUAUGACGAUAGUGUAUCAAUGACCAAACUGAUGCUGUAUGUGACUGGGGGAACCCUGGAUACCGAGAACUAUGUCUUCAACGUCCCUCCCGUCAAGAAGGAGAAGAAGAAGAGUAAUCAUAGGAGGAAAUUUGAAUAUAUAGAGCCAGAGGAGCCUCCAAGCACAGCUAGGUAUGCUGUAAUGAGCACACGCCUUCUGCAUACCAACCUGACGGUCAUCCAUUAUAGUGUCUUCUUUCAGAUGUGUAGAGCGCAUGGCAUUGGUUAUGAUAUCAAGGAGAAGCAAGGAACUGUAUUCACUCUCAUUGAUAGCUUCAAGCGAGAAGGGAUUGGAAUGCUUGCUAUAGGUGAACAGCUCCAGGGAGUCUUGGCCAACUUUGCGAGGAAUCUAUCCGUCAUUCAUCAAGAGAUAUCAGCUCCUAACAUGCAGGGACAGACUAAUUUCAAGUACGUGAUAACGGAUAUUGAAGGAAUCCUCGGAACAACCAUCCAAAAUAUGGACAAAGCGAACGAGAAGGAGGGAGAGAUCAAAUAAAAAGACCACUAUGUAUUCAAAGCUGUUCUUCCAUUGGACCUCCUCCCCCCCCCCCCCCUCCAUCACUGGACACUCACACAUGUACAUCAGUUGAU